AUGGAGAAACAGAGCAUCACAAACACUUCUUCUUCAUCUUCUUGGACCCGUGGUGCGUGCAUCGGAAGAGGUUGUUUCGGUACAGUCAGCACGGCGAUCAGCAAAACAGACGGUGAAAUUUUCGCAGUGAAGUCCGUGGAUCACGCCACGUGUCUUCCCACUCAAUUAGAGUCUCUAGAGAACGAAAUCUCCGUUCUCCGUUCGCUCACGCCUCAUCCUCACAUAGUGCAAUUCCUUGGCGACAGAACCUCGAAAGAAGGAACGACGUCGUUUCGCAAUCUCCACUUAGAGUAUCUCCCAGAAGGUGACGUGGCUAAAAACGCUCCCGGAGGAAUCGACGAGACUCUUCUAAGGCGUUACACGGCGUGCCUCGUCUCCGCUCUCCGCCACGUCCACUCGCGAGGUUACGUUCACUGCGACGUCAAGGCGAGGAACGUUCUCAUCAUCAGCCGGAGCUCCGGAGUCAAGCUAGCGGAUUUCGGGUCGGCGAUGAAAUUUAGCAGACCGGAGGCUACGGCUCGGAUUACGCCACGUGGAAGUCCACUUUGGAUGGCUCCGGAGGUGAUCAGAGGAGAGUAUCAAGGGCCGGAGAGCGACGUGUGGUCUCUUGGCUGCACGGUCGUAGAGAUGCUCACUGGUAAACCCGCUUGGGAAGAUCUCGGGGUUGACUCGUUGAGUCGAAUCGGUUUCUCAGACGAGUUACCGGUUGUCCCAGUGAUGAAGCUGUCGGAAACGGGACGGGACUUCUUAGACAAGUGUCUGAAGAGAGACAUGAAGCAGAGAUGGAGUUGCCAUCAGCUUUUGCAGCAUCCGUUUCUGUCUGAGUCUCAGUCUAUCGACUCGUGUCGCACUGAGUCAUCUCCACGUUAUGUACUUGACUGGGUUAACUCGGACGAAGAAGAAGAAGAGGAAGUAGAGAGAAGCGAGUGGAGUUCGAAACUCAAAUUUACGGCGAUGGCAAGGAUCUGUAAUUUAGCGACGACCCAAAGGCUAAAUUGGGAAAUAGAUGGUUGGGUGGAUGUUAGAAGCCACCCUUCUGAAGAGGAAGAGGCAACGAUAGAAUACUUGGACUACAACACUUCAUUGAAUCCGUACGAUGACGUGGCUGAUGAGUCGGCGAGGAUUGACGGUUCCGUGUAUCCGAAUAGACCGCCGGGAAACCGGGACUCGGCGGCGGAGGUGCCAUAUGAACGGGCUUGCGAAAAAUAUCUCCGCAAUGGAACUUUGAUUGAGGACAGUGAAUCUGAAGAGUCUGUUCAUGAUGAUGGUGAUAUGGGAGGAGCUCCUCCUGCUGAUGAUCAUGCCGGUGGUGAACGUGAUCAAACCCCUGAACCUCGCCCUUCGAUGAGACGACGUCCCAUUAGUGACGCCAUGGAUACGUACCACCUAUUGCACACUAGCUACCCCAAGCUGAUGUCAAGUCUAUGUCUCCCAGAAGAUGACAAACUUAGUUUUGGUAAGAUGACCAAAGGAAGAGGUGAAAGGAGGACUCAGAAGCUGGCACAUCUUAGAGCUCAAGCUCACUGUGAUGAAGCAGAAGCUGGUCAGGUGCAGGCAAAAGCAAACUUACACUACAGAUGA